GGGAUUUCAUGGUGUGCUCGCGACUUGUCCAGUACGCAUGAUUAAGGCCGGCGUGCGCGCGGCGAAGUGUCUAGGGCGGACAAGGGCUCAGGUGUGGGUUUCCGCACUCGUCCGUCCGGAGAGCUGGGCGGCAUAUCGUACGUUCGCUAGCCUAGAAGGCCGUGUACGCCGCAACGGAUCCACUAUUCGCCCGUCGAUAGCGACGGUCGUCUUCGUCUGCGCAAUAUUCUGAGGAUAAGAUGAAGAUAGACACUCGAGUAUGCGAAUCGCAAGGUCUUCCUAAUGGUCUUGACCUGUCCUACGGCAUAUGCACGCUUUCUGAACCUACCACCCAUCUGCUCGCUCUUCGGGUGGCCCUGGCCAACGCCGUUCCUCGUGGUAUAACGCCCGUCCGCGCCGGUAGCUAGGUUAAAUGUCGGCGAGAAGGGAGCGAUCUCACGGCAAUACCGACGCUCUCGCACGGUAGGCGGCUUUCUAUCUCCUCAUGGGCAUAUGGACAAGCAUACAAGGCAUACCUUCGGGCCUAGCGUGGAAGCAUACACCCGACUGGAAGGACCUCGACGCGAGCAGCGUACCAGUACGCAGUUGUGCUAGUAGCAAGGAAAAUAGCAUCUCGCCAAUAGAUGAUCGCGUCC